GUUGGUGUCACUUGUGUAUUCCCCAUUGACCUAGCUAAGACUCGACUCCAGAACCAGAGACCGGGACAACAGGUCUACAAAAACAUGAUGGAUUGUUUAGUCAAAACUGUGCGAUCCGAGGGGUAUUUUGGCAUGUACAGAGACAUGGGUCCCCCCUGGGAUAGUGAAGGCUAGCCGAUUAAGGCGCAGCCACGCUGGAGGCAAAUCAUUUAUCAUGGUUCUGUCCACUCUGCUCUAUUACAAUUAGGCACAAUGUGUUUUUUUUGUUUUGUUUUGUUUUUUUGUUUUUUUAAAUUGUUGUUGAAUAAUAUUAGUUCCUUUUUGUUUUCUUCAUAGCCUCUGAAUUUCUGUAGACUUUCAUUUUGUCUAUUACUAACUCUUUGGGCAUGUACUGUAAAAUUACAUGCCUCUCUAACCAUCUUUAUCACUUUUCAGUUACUUUUGGUGUUCUACACUUCUCACCCAUGACUAUACAUUAUCCCUUGCAUUUUAAGAGGGAUAUUGAAAUGGAAACUAUUUUCUUACUCUUCCUUUAUGCCUGCAUUUUACUCUACUCAUAACACACUCUCCUCUUCUUCUUCUUCUUCUUCUUCUUCUUCUUUUUUUUUUGUAAUUUUGUUUUUAUUUACUUUUUUAAUGCCAAAAAAUAAUUUUAAUUGUAUUAAUCUCUAUUUUUAUUUAUACAAAGUAUGGUUCUGUCUUUGGUAUGAUGGUGGUGGGGAAUGGGAGCUCUGUGAAAUGCAAUGAAAUCUUGCUACUGUUUUUGGCUAAUCUGCUGUGUUUUUGUCUUUUAGGUGCUGCAGUUAAUCUUGCUCUCGUCACACCUGAAAAGGCCAUCAAGCUGGCAGCCAAUGACCUCUUUCGUCAACACCUUUCCAAAGAUGGGAAGGGUUUGUCGGUGUUUAAAGAAAUGUUAGCAGGUUGUGGUGCAGGCAUGUGCCAAGUCAUCAUUACUACUCCUAUGGAGAUGCUGAAAAUUCAGCUACAAGAUGCUGGAAGACUAGCUGCCCAGCAGAGAAUGCCUGGUAUCCUGGCUCCCAGUAAGCUGGCUCAAACAAACACAUUGCUGAGCCGAUCCUAUAACGUCAUGCCGAGCUCUGCUGCUCAAUCCAUCUCUGCAACGCAAAUUGCUAAAGAGCUGCUACACACCAAGGGCAUCCAAGGUUUAUAUAAAGGGCUGGGAGCAACACUCAUGAGAGAUGUGCCGUUCUCUGUUGUCUACUUUCCUCUUUUUGCUAACAUUAACCGUUUGGGUAAGCGCUCUGGAGAUGAUGUGGUGCCAUUCUAUUGGUCGUUCAUGGCUGGCUGUCUAGCUGGUUCGACUGCUGCAGUGGCGGUUAACCCAUGUGAUGUGAUAAAAACCAGACUUCAAUCUUUGAGCAAAGGCACUAAUGAGGAGACCUACAAUGGAGUGGUUGACUGUGUGAGCAAGAUCAUGAAGAAAGAAGGACCUGCUGCUUUCCUGAAGGGGGCGGGCUGCAGGGCACUUGUCAUUGCACCUCUUUUUGGCAUUGCUCAAGUUAUGUAUUUUGUUGGAGUUGGUGAAUUCAUUCUGAGCCAAAGGUCAUUUAACCUCCUGUCUCCUUAAGCAUGCCUGAACUGCUGCAAAUGAACCUGUUCUGGGGACAUAAGACACAAUCAAACAUAAAUACUAGUUAGAUUGACAGCUCUGCUGUUUUGUUUCCUGAGGCAGUUUCUGACCUAACUGCACUUCCUGUCUGGUCUGCUCACUCAACUGUGUCCGCGGCCAACAUUUUGCACUUGUAAGGGCUUCUGCAGGAGGUGAGAUGGUGCUCAACAUCCUUCUAGAAGGAUCUGUGAUUCCCCUCAGUGAGGGAGGAUGGUGUCACUAUCAAGGCACUAUCACCAAAUUGACUUCCUUUUUGUGUAGUGUCUGUUUUGUCAGUCAUUUAUUUUUGUGUUUUGAUGAAUUGAUGCAUCAUUGUACUAAUGGUAACUAUUGGUCAUCUCCCCAUCCCCACAUACAUUUUAUAAAUUAUGACAAUUGUUCUGUACAAUUUUGUGGAUCAGAUGAAUCAUGUAUGGUUUUUAGACAAUAAGUGCUGAACAAGGCAUGUGCUGUGGCUAACUAUUCGUGAUGGAGAUAACUGUACCCGAAGCAAACCAAAACACACUAGUUCUACUCCUUUUAAUCACUAAAGUGACCUACACAUGUUAGGGGUUUUUUUUUUUUUUUGGUUGGUUGGUUUUCUUCCUCCUUUUCACCCUUCCCUGUAGGUAAUGUUGUGCUGCCAUUAUGGUAAAUAGUUAUCAUGUUGGAGGAAAAAGUAACAAACCAUGGUGCAAAUGCCACGGCACAUUCUCUGGAACACAUUAAAGUAAAUAACGUGGAAAUGCAGCAUACCAUAAUGAUUCUGAUUCUACAGAAUGUGUAACUAUAAAGUAGGUAGUAUUACUAGAAUAAUGUGCCGGUGUGUUUUACAUUCAUUAGAUGAAUUGUUCUGUUGAAUUUUUCAGAAUGGCCCAGAGGGUAAGGUAUGGUUUAGUGUAAACUGUAUACCUUAUAAAUUAUGCAGUGUGGGACUUU